UCGCGGGGCGGGGCGGAGGAGCCGCGUCCGGAGGGCCUCGGCGGUGUGUCCCCGGCCACCGCCCCCGCUGUGGCGCCGCGUCCGUCCCUCGCCUGCCUGGAGAGGGUACGGGCGACAGCUGCGGCUCCGGGUGGUCGCGCAGCCGCCAGGCAUCUCCACCGAGCCGCCUGUUCGAGCAGGCGGCUCUUCUCGGCCGGGUCCAGGUCGCGGGGAAGAUGGCGCCGGAGCCCCUAGGCGUCCAGGAGGAGCAGUGGCUGGGGUGUCGGUCCGGACCGUGUUCCCGGCUGCUUUUCCUCGCGCAGGCUGCCCUCCUCCUGCUGCCCGCCGCGCGAGCCGGUCUCUGCCCCGCGCCCUGCACCUGCCGCAUCCCGCUGCUGGACUGCAGCCGCAGGAAGCCGCCCGCGCCGAGCUGGAGGGCGCUGCCGGGCUCGCUGCCCCCGGACGCCGCUAGCCUGGAUUUGAGUCAUAAUCGAUUGUCUGACUGGAACAUCAGCUUGGAGUCACAAACAUUACAGGAAGUGAAAAUGAAUUAUAAUGAGCUAACAGAAAUCCCAUAUUUUGGAGAACCAACAUCGAAUAUUACUGUACUUUCAUUAGUUCAUAAUAUAAUCCCAGAAAUAAAUGCAGACAUGCUCCAGUUUUACUCUGCCCUUGAGAAUUUGGACCUCAGCUCAAAUAUAAUAUCAGAAAUCAAGACAUCUUCAUUUCCUCGAAUGCAGCUUAAAUACCUGAAUUUGAGUAAUAAUAGGAUAGCCACGUUGGAGGCUGGUUGCUUUGAUAAUUUAUCAAGUUCCUUAUUAGUGGUAAAGUUAAAUCGUAACCGAAUUAGCAUGAUUCCACCUAAGAUCUUCAAGCUGCCUCACCUGCAAUUCUUGGAACUUAAAAGAAACAGGAUUAAAAUUGUGGAAGGGCUUACAUUCCAAGGACUUGACUCCUUAAGAUCUUUGAAAAUGCAACGGAAUGGGAUUAGCAAACUUAAGGAUGGAGCAUUUUUCGGCUUGAAUAACAUGGAAGAACUAGAACUGGAGCACAAUAACCUUACACGAGUGAACAAGGGGUGGUUGUAUGGCUUGCGAAUGUUACAGCAGCUCUAUGUGAGCCAGAAUGCGAUUGAAAGAAUCAGCCCUGAUGCAUGGGAGUUCUGCCAAAGAUUGUCGGAACUUGAUUUGUCCUUUAACCAGCUGACCCGCCUGGAUGAAUCUGCCUUUGUGGGUCUGAGCUUGUUGGAGAGACUGAAUUUAGGAGACAACAGAGUCACUCACAUUGCUGAUGGGGUAUUUAGGCUUCUUUCUAACCUUCAGACGCUAGACCUAAGAAACAAUGAAAUUUCGUGGGCCAUAGAAGAUGCUAGUGAAGCCUUUGCUGGACUCUCGAGUCUCACUAAAUUAAUCUUACAAGGAAACCAGAUUAAGUCAAUUACAAAGAAAGCAUUCAUUGGUCUUGAAUCCCUUGAACAUCUAGAUUUGAACAAUAAUGCUAUAAUGUCUAUCCAAGAAAAUGCUUUUUCUCAGAUUCACUUGAAAGAACUGAUUCUGAACACAAGCAGUUUGCUCUGUGACUGCCAUUUGAAGUGGUUGCUUCAGUGGCUGGUUGAUAAUAACUUUCAACAUUCCGUGAAUGUAAGCUGUGCACACCCUGAAUGGCUAGCAGGGCAAAGCAUCCUGAAUGUGGAUCUGAAAGAUUUUGUCUGUGAUGAUUUUCUCAAACCACAGAUAAGGAUCCAUCCUGAAACCACAAUUGCUCUAAGAGGCAUGAACGUGACUCUGACAUGCAGUGCAGUGAGCAGCAGUGAUUCACCCAUGUCCACUGUGUGGCGCAAAGACAGUGAAAUCCUGUAUGACGUGGAUAUUGAGAAUUUUGUUCGCUUUCGGCAGCAAGCUGGAGAAGCUCUAGAACAUACUAGUAUCUUACAUCUGUUCAAUAUGAAUUUCACAGAUGAAGGGAACUAUCAGUGUAUUGUUACUAAUCACUUUGGUUCCAAUUAUUCUCAGAAAGCCAAACUGACUGUGAAUGAGAUGCCGUCUUUUCUGAAAACUCCAAUGGAUCUAACUAUUCGCACUGGUGCCAUGGCCAGACUAGAAUGUGCUGCCGAGGGGCACCCUGCACCUCAGAUUUCCUGGCAGAAAGAUGGUGGUACGGACUUUCCUGCGGCUCGAGAAAGACGCAUGCAUGUCAUGCCCGAAGAUGAUGUCUUUUUCAUUGCCAAUGUGAAGAUAGAAGAUAUGGGCAUCUAUAGCUGCAUGGCACAGAACACAGCAGGAGGCCUCUCAGCGAAUGCCUCCCUCACCGUGCUAGAGACACCCUCAUUUAUUAGGCCCCUGGAGGAUAAGACAGUCGCCCGAGGUGAGACUGCAGUGCUACAGUGCAUCGCUGGAGGGAGUCCUGCUCCUCGCCUCAACUGGACGAAAGAUGACGGGCCGCUGCUGGUGACAGAGCGACACUUCUUUGCUGCAGCCAACCAGCUUCUCAUCAUUGUAGACGCUGGCCUGGAAGAUGCUGGGAAAUACACCUGUAUCAUGUCUAACACCCUUGGGACAGAACGUGGCCACAUUUACCUAAAUGUCAUUGCAUCCCCAAAUUGUGACUCUUCCCAGAGUAGCACUGGGCGUGAAGAUGAUGGCUGGACAACAGUUGGCAUCGUCAUCAUCGUCGUGGUCUGCUGUGUGGUGGGCACCUCUUUGGUCUGGGUCAUUGUUAUUUACCACAUGAGAAAGAAAAACGAGGACUAUAGUAUCACAAACACAGAGGAGCUCAAUCUGCCUGCAGACAUUCCCAGCUACCUGUCUUCCCAAGGAACACUAUCCGAGCCACAGGAAGGCUACAGCAGCUCUGAGGCGGGCAGUCACCAGCAACUCAUGCCUCCUGCCAACGGGUACCUGCACAAAGGCCCUGACGGUGGCACCGGCACCCGGGUGAUCUGCUCAGAUUGCUACGACAAUGCCAACAUCUACUCCAGGACCCGAGAGUACUGUCCAUACACCUAUAUUGCCGAAGAGGAUGUUCUAGAUCAGACACUGUCCAGCCUCAUGGUCCAGAUGCCCCGAGAGAUGUAUUUAACACAUCCUCCCCAAGAUGCCGCUGCCCUGGAGAGCCUUGUGUCAUCAGCAGACAGAGAGCUGUCUGCUUUUCCCACCAGCCAUGAGAGGAUAAGUGAAAAGAAGUCGUCCUCCAUGCAGAUGAGCAGUGAAACACUGCAGCGGCCUCUGUGGAACGUAAACAGAGAACUAGGCCUGCCUCAGCCUCCCUUUUCCCAGCAGCCGAUCCUUGAGUCACCACAGCUUCGUCAAAAUGAGGGCCUGGCAGAGAGGGGUCCAGACUGUUCCGCUUCCCCCGUGUCCUGCCCUCGGUUACAGGAGCACACUUUAGAUUUUGGUAGGACUCAGAACAUUCAGGAUGAUGGUGAGGGCACAUGAAACUCACUUCAAGAUGAAAUCUAGGCAGAGACUCAUUAAUUCAUUUUGUAUUUACUACCUCAGAGUUCAGAAGAAACCCCCAAGUCAGCAUUUGCUUUACUCUUUGUUUACGAUUACUCAAGGUAGGUCACACGUUUGUUUGGGCUUACACAUGGUAGAGAAGGGGUCACGCUGACAGAAGAGGGCACAUCUGAUUGAGACGUGCAGCCCCGGCAGAGGGAAGAUACGGAACAAGUGGCUUCUUGAUAGGUGCUCAGGGAUGCACCAGGCAUGCAGGUGCCUGUUGGGAAGAAUCUCAUUGCUGCUCCACAGGCCGGAUCGUCCUAGUCCUCAGAGUGGUCUUGAGAAAACAGCAUUCCUGUGAUGCUCUGCUUUGCCUUCCCAGCAGCAAAAGUAACUCGGAGCCCCCUGGGAAGUGUGCCUGGGAUUCUCCAGUGCUGUGGGCAGGUGGUUGAGGCUGGGGCUUUGAUAGCCAAGGUCUGGCAAGAGUCCCAGGCUUGACCAACUGGGACUAGGCCAAAGGUUAUUGCGUUCUUGUGAACUUUUUUUAGUCCCUGAUGCCCAGGGAUCUUGUUGUAAAUAUAUGUGCAUUAUAAAUUUUCUAUUCAUUGAUCAUA